CCCACAGAGACGAGUGUUCUCCUGAGUGAAGAGACAGAAAAAGCGUUUAUGUCGAGUUCGCUUUGAAAACUCCUUUAUUUUUGUGCGCAGCGACAAUGGGACUCCCCACGCUCGAGUUUAGCGACUCGUUUUUGGACAGCCCAGACUUCAGAGAAAGACUCAAGUGCCACGAAAUAGAGCUGGAGCACACCAAUAAAUUCAUCAAAGAUCUGAUCAAGGAUGGAAACUUACUCAUCAGCGCGCUCAAAAGUCUUUCGGCCGCUGUCCAGAAGUUCUCUCAGUCCCUGCUGGAGUUUCAGUUUGAGUGCAUAGGUGACGCAGAGACUGACGAUGAGGUGAACAUUGCUCAGUCUUUCAAAGAGUUUGCUCAGCUUCUUAACACUGUGGAAGAAGAACGUCGCCGUCUGAUCCAGAAUGCAGAUGAUGUUUUGAUUACUCCCUUGGAAAAAUUUAGAAAGGAGCAAAUUGGUGUGGCGAAGGAAGGGAAGAAGAAAUUCGACAAGGAAACCGAAAAAUACUAUUCAGUUCUUGAGCGGCACCUCAACUUGUCAUCUCGGAAGAAGGAAACGUAUCUGCAGGAGGCUGACACUCAGAUUGAUAAGGAGAGACAACUCUUUUAUGAUGCUUCUCUCGAGUAUGUUUUCAAAAUCCAAGAAGUGCAAGAGAAGAAAAAGUUUGAGUUUGUGGAGCCCCUGCUGGCGUUCCUCCAGGGUUUGUUUACCUUUUACCAUGAAGGAUAUGAGCUGGCUCACGAGUUUGAGCCCUACAAACAGCAGCUCCAGUUCAACCUACAAAACACACGGAACAACUUUGUGAGCACUAAGCAGGAAGUGCAGAAGCUGAUGAAGAGGAUAAGGUCAGCCGAUCAGGAUUAUAAGCCUCCGGGCCAGUGGACGAUGGAGGGCUUCCUGUACGUCCAGGAGAAGCGUCCUUUGGGAUGCACUUGGACGCGUCACUACUGCACGUACGAUAAAGGCAACAACACAUUCGCUAUGAUCAACACUGAAAACAAGUCCACUGGAAAGCAGAAUGGUGUAAUUCCGAAUCAGCCCGAAGUGUUCAAGUUAAAAUCCUGCAUUCGGCGGAAAACAGAUUCCAUCGACAAACGCUUCUGCUUUGAUGUGGAAGUAGUGGAGAGAAAUGACACCUGUCGUGGAACUCUUUUCAGACCCCUUCAGUUUUUCUGUAAAGUCCGGCAUGGCAUCAUGACACUGCAGGCUCUGUCUGAGUCCAACAGAAGACUGUGGCUGGAGGCCAUGGAUGGCAAGGAGCCGAUUUACAACCUUCCAGCAAUUUUGAGUAAAAAGGAAGAGAUGUUUCUAAAUGAGGCCGGCUUUAACUUUGUGAGAAAAUGCAUUGACCUGGUGGAAUUAAGAGGCCUUAACGCCAUGGGGCUGUACAGGAUAGGAGGGGUCAACUCAAAAGUACAGAAGCUGAUGUCCACAGUGUUUUCAUCAAAAGCUCCGGUGGAUAUAGAGCUGGAUCCUGAGAUGUGGGAUAACAAAACCAUCACCAGUGGUCUGAAGAAUUACCUCAGGUGUCUCUCAGAGCCACUAAUGACCUUCAAACUACACAAAGAUUUCAUCAUGGCUGCCAAAUCCGAUGACCAGAAUUACCGAGUAUGUGCUAUCCAUGCCCUGGUGCAUAAGCUGCCAGAGAGGAACCGGGAAAUGCUGGAGCUGCUAAUAAAACAUCUUGUCACAGUUUCCACCCAGAGCCAGUUCAACCUGAUGACUGUGUCUAACCUGGGUGUCGUCUUUGGGCCCACACUGAUGAGGUCACAGGAGGAGACGGUGGCGGCCAUGAUGAAUAUUAAGUUUCAGAACAUCGUGGUGGAGAUCCUCAUAGAAAACUUCAGUAAGAUAUUCGAUCAACCUCCGGACCCUAACGUGCCCCCCCCUCAGCCCCAGAUUCGCCUGGGUUCGCGCCGCAGCAGAGCCAUGUGCAUGUCCACCACCGCCAGGAAACCCCGCAGCAUCUACGCCCCGACACUAUGCCUGGCAGACGCGGAAAGUGACACGUUGAGCAGCAGUCCCAGCAGCACACCCAUGGGCAGCCUGGAGUCGCUGUCAUCGCACUCCUCAGAACAGAACAGCUCUUCCCAAACCACCUGUCCCGCUCAGGUCCGGGACACGUCUCUCCUGGAUCUGCUCCAACUGCCCUCACUGCUGUCCAACGGUCCCGGGGGCACGGGCGCUGUCAGCAGUGCAGAGUCCAGCUCGCGGGAGGACGCGGGCCGGACAGAUGCGGAGUCUGAGGACGGGCGCAGCCUAUCCUCAGUCAGCACCUCGUCACAAAUGUCUUCUGCGCCAAAAAAGGCCCCUCACACCCAUAACAAUCUUAACAUGGCACUACUGAAGCACUUUACAGAUGAAAGUCGUCGACGCUGUUCCGCAUCUGUCCCAAGUCUAUCAACACUGGAGAGUCCAAAAUCAGCCGAGAACCCCAAACUUCCUCCUAAAGAUGUGAUUCGCCGCAGGGUGGACUCCUCCGUCAGCAAUGGCUACCAAAGACCAGGAUCAAUUGUUGCAGCCCGUGCGCUUCUUUUUGAGGGUGCUUCUUCCACUCAAGCCCUCCCAGGUGGAAGAGAGGCCAAAGCGGUGUACUCAUGUGAGGCUGAACACAGUCAUGAACUGAGCUUCCCACAGGGGGCGCACUUCUCAAAUGUUUAUCCGUCUGUUGAACCUGGCUGGCUCCAAGCGACAUACGAGGAUAAAACAGGUUUAAUACCAGAGAAUUAUGUCGUCUUCCUCUAAAACUCUUGUAAACAUUACAUUAUUUCAUGGUAUCCAUGGAAGAGGCCAACAAGGUAUUAUUUGUACUUUGUGGUUUUCAUGUUGUUUUUUUUUGUAUUGGAGUUAUUAUAUUUGUAUAAUAACUUUUAGAUGUGCCACACCUUUUUUAUCUAAUUAUUACUGUAGGUGUGUUUCAGUUCAAACUAUGCAUUCACAAAAACUUAACAUGCUAUUUUUAGACACAGUUUAACUGAAAACUGGUCAUAUUUGUUUGCACAUGCGUCUUACUAUAAUUGUCUAUAAUCAUUGAACCUGUUCACUGCUGUAUUGCCCUUUGACGUUGCACACAAUACUGUACAAUGCACCAUAUCUUUCUGUAUUUUGAAUCAACAAACUGUACUGUAAAUUACCAUUUUUCUGUGUAAAUUAUAUUGAAUGGCUUUACUUACACUGGUACACUGGAGUACUAGCAAAAAACAGUGGACCACAAUAUUAUGUCAAGGACAAUUUAACAAUAUUUACUUUUUGUUACUGUCACAGAGUUUAAAAAUACAACAUUUGUGAUUUAAUUUUU